AAAGCGUGGCGUCGCUUGGCGCUGUAAAUUUAAAGGUAACGAACCAAAAGAUAAAUUGAUUUGCGCACCAAAACAAUCAAAAACACCGCCAGGAUUUUAUAUUAGUGGCAAAAGAAAACGGAGAACAUGAAGGCAGUACCCAGGACGCCGAUGCGCGUCGUCCCGAAAACACCGCGGGUGCAACCAACUGCGGAAAAACUAAGGCGAGACACCUCCGACAAGGCCCGGGAUCCCGUGAAUGUGUUCUGCCGCGUGCGACCUCUGCAAUCCGACGCCGAUCUCGCCUCUUUGCGGGUCAAGAACUCCACAACGAUCGCUCUGAAUCCACAGGAUCAGCUGCUGCAACACCACAAGACACACAAUGGCGCCCAGCGCGAGAUUCAGUACAUCUUCAAGCACGUCUUCCAGCCGGAUGCCACGCAGCAGGAUGUGUACGGAUCGGUGGCCCAGCCACUGGUGGAGAACCUCCUCAAGGGUCGCAACAGUCUGCUUUUCACCUACGGCGUCACUGGGAGUGGCAAGACCUACACCAUGACCGGGAAUCUAAAGCACCGGGGCAUCAUGCCGCGCUGCCUGGACGUGCUCUUCCGCACCAUCUCUGAUUACCAGGCUAAGAAGUUCGUGUUCAAGCCAGACAAACUCAAUGGAUUUGAGAUCCUGUCAGAGGAGGAUGCGCUACUGGAGCGGCAGCAUGAGAUGAAUCAGCGUUUCGCGGGCGCAGGACGAUUUGCCUUUAGGCACAAGGAUUCGGAUCCGGAAAUUGCAUCUCAGGCCUCCGUGGAGCCAACACCGCUGCUUGGUUUGGAUGAGGAUAAUAUGUACUCUGUGUUUGUCACCUAUAUUGAGAUUUACAACAACAGCGUUUACGAUCUGCUGGAGGAUUCGGGUAUACAGAAGACUUUGCAGAGCAAAAUCAUUCGUGAGGAUGCCAAUCGUCACAUGUUCGUCCACGGAGUCACCGAAGUGGAGGUCAAGACGGUGGAGGAGGCCCUCGAGGUCUUCCAAAUGGGCCAAAAGCGCAAGCGCAUGGGGCACACUGUUCUCAAUGCGGAAUCCAGCAGGAGCCACUCGGUUUUCAACAUACGCUUGGUCCAGGCGCCCACGGAUAGCCAGGGUGAGAAUGUGGUUCAGGACAGACAGAACAUCACGGUUAGCCAGCUGUCCCUGGUGGAUUUGGCGGGCAGUGAGCGCUCCUCGCGCACAAAGAACACUGGAGUGCGACUCCGCGAGGCGGGCAACAUCAACAACUCGCUGAUGACGCUACGCACUUGCCUGGAGUAUCUGCGGGAGAACCAGUUGGCGGCGGCAAACGGCAUGGCGGCCAAGAAGAUUCCCUAUCGAGACUCCAAGAUCACACACAUGUUCAAAAACUACUUUGAUGGCGAAGGGCAGGUGUCCAUGAUUGUGUGCAUUAAUCCAAGGAUCGAGGACUAUGACGAGAAUAUGCAAGUGAUGAAGUUUGCUGAGAUGACGCAGGAGGUGCAAAUAGCUCGGGCCACUCCCAUGAAGCAAGAUUUGGGUCUGACCCCCGGUCGACGCAAGGCUAACAAACUAUUCAAGAUUGCCGUUAAUAAUCUGAAUGAGCUAGGCAUUCCGGAGGCCAAGGACUUGGAGGUGGAUGUGGGUCUGGUGUACAGUUUGGGACCCGAUUUUCCCACCUACGAUAUGGAUAGUCCCGAGACGGAGAUUAAGAUCCGCGAGCUGAUGCACUAUCUAGAGCAACGCAUUGAAAAGCGAAAGAAGCUGCGCGCCAAUUUGGACAUAAAGUGUGACAGUUUUCGUCAAAUGCUGAUGAACCUGGACCGGGACAACCUUCAACUUCGCACAGAGCUCGCGUCCUUGAAGGCUGUCUAUAAGCAAGAGCGCGAUCGCAGCGCUGCCCUCGAGAAAAAAGUGCGCAUCCACGAAAGCUCCAUCGACGUGCUUAACAACACGCUGAGCAAGAGGGAAAGGCAGAUCGAGGAGCUGACUUUUAAGCUUAACGAGAAGGAGAACAUGCUCACGCAAAAGGAGCACGAGAAGGAGAAGCAAAAGAAAAAGUUCAGCUCUAAGCUGGCCGUUGAAUCGGACAAAAAUAAGCGCGAGUUCGAACUGAAGCUGCGUGAGCAGCGUGCGAAGCUGCAGGAACGCAUGCGCAUCAAGGAUGAGAAGCUGCGCUUGGUCUCGAACAUUCUGCAGUCGGAGGAAAUGCCCAGUUUGCCGCGUUCCCAGAGCUCCGAGAACAUUCUCAACGAAAAGGAUCGUGGUGCAUAUACAGCGCGUACCGAAGAGUCUUCGGUGCCGGCUACAAGAACAGAUAUCUACGCCACUCCGCGACAUGGAGCUGCAGCGGCCAACAAUCGACAUAGACGCUCUCGUUCUGCCGGCGACAAGUGGCUGGAGCACCGGGCCGCCAAUCCCGUGCCUCUGGGAACCAUCAUGCAGCCGUAUCUUAAGAACCGCAAAUCGGUGACGAAACUAACCGACAUGAAGGAGCUGACUGCCCAUGGAACCACCAAGUACUGUCUCGUCUCCCAGGACGCGGAUACGGAUGGCGAUGUGGAGACCAAGCUAUACAAAGGCAACGUGAUUCCCACUUGUGGCGGCGGUGCCCAGGUGGUGUUCAACGACGUGGAGUGCCUGAAGCAGAAGUCGCCGGUUCACUCGCCCACGCGAAAGCGACCCAGCAAUGGCACCAUUUCCGCUCUGGGAGGCGGUGGAGUGCCCAGCACGAUCACCUCUGCCCAGGACGUGACCUCGCGCUGCAAUGUCGGCAUCGAGGGGCACAGCAGCAAGAAGUCGAAGAUGUAGUGAUGAAAUUGGACACCACGUUGAAUACUUAAAGUCAAUUACGCACUUAGUUGAUAGUUAUUUAGUUUGCAUAACUUAAAUUUAAGUUUAUUACUUUACCAUUAUGGUUUUGGAAUUGAAUCGCAUUGAAGUGAUUUGUUUGAUUAAAAAGGUUAACAUGUAUAAAUAACCCCGUAAA